AUGGAUACCGUCAAACUGUUCAGCAUGCUGUUGAUCUGUGCCGCUUUGAUGUUCGUCUGUGAUGCACAGCUAACUUUCACGCCCGCCUGGGGGAAGCGGUCGCCGGGUGCGCUGGGUAUGAGCCCGCUGGCGGGCACGUCGUACGGGCAGGACGCCUGUAAAACGCCGGUCGAUUCCCUUCUCGUCAUCUACCGGAUGAUACAAGCUGAAGCUCAGAAGAUUGUCGACUGCAGUCAGAAGUAG